UGAACCGGAAGUGGUAAGAUUAUUCAUGGAUAUCAAGGAAACUGGAAUGCCAAUCUCCGAGUAACAUUCUAACUGAUCAAUGAAGUCUUUGAUCAGCAAUGGCUGUCGUGUCGUGGAAGGAGAUCUUGCUUUUGACUGGACUGGUGGUGGGUUGUUACUGGAACAGCCUGUCCUGUGGCUUUGUGUUUGACGAUGUCUCAGCCAUCCUCGACAACAAGGAUCUGCGCCCCUCUACCCCUCUCCGCAACCUUUUCCUCAAUGACUUCUGGGGGACUCCCAUGGCUGAGGAGAGGAGCCAUAAAUCGUACAGACCCCUGACGGUACUCACUUUCCGGCUGAACUACAUCUUCAGUGAGCUGAGGGCCUCAUCUUACCACCUGCUCAAUGUUGUUCUGCACGCUGUGGUGUGUGUGCUGUUCCUGCGUGUCUGCCGCCUUUUCCUGGAUAUGACCUCCAGCCUGGUGGCGGCGCUGCUGUUUGCAGUGCACCCCAUCCACACUGAGGCGGUUACAGGUGUGGUCGGCAGAGCAGAGCUUCUGUCUUCAAUCUUCUUGUUGGCUGCUUUCUUGGCCUACACCAGGUCCAAAGGUGCAGACCAUUCGAUUGUUUGGACCCCUAUUGCUCUGACUGUGGUCCUGGUGGCUGCAGCCACACUUUGUAAAGAGCAGGGUAUCACUGUUAUUGGCAUCUGCUGUGUCCACGAGGUGUUUGUUGCACAAGGGUUCACUCUGCCCAUACUUGUAGACACUCUACUACAGGUACUUCGGGGGAAAGAUGGUUUCCCCUAUGCAGUCCUGCAGACACUCCUCAAGCUUAUCAUUCUCAUUAUCAGCACGUUACUGCUGGUUAUCAUCCGUGUCCAGGUCAUCCAAUCACAGCUCCCUGUUUUUACCAGGUUUGAUAACCCUGCAGCCGUCAGUCCUGCGCCUACCAGGCAGCUAACCUUCAACUACUUGCUGCCCGUCAAUGCAUGGUUGUUGCUCAACCCCUCUGAGCUCUGCUGUGACUGGACCAUGGGCACCAUCCCACUGGUGGAGUCACCCCUGGACCUGCGGAACAUGGCCACCCUGGCGUUCUACAUCCUCCUGGGUCUGCUGGCCUACCACAGCCUGCGUUACAGCCACAGCUCCUCCAAGACUGUCAUCAUGGCCCUUUCUUUGAUUGUGCUUCCUUUCAUCCCUGCAUCCAACCUCUUCUUCCCUGUGGGCUUUGUAGUGGCAGAGAGGGUACUCUAUGUUCCCAGCAUGGGAUUCUGUGUGCUUGUGGCACAUGGAUUUAGGAUUGUCUCCAAUAAAGGAUACAUGAAGAGGAUCUCGUGGUUGAUGAUAGGCGUGCUUCUUGCAACGCAUGCGGUCAAAACAUUCAACAGGAACUGGGACUGGGAGACUGAGUACACGCUGUUUACAUCUGCACUCAAAGUCAACAAGAAUAAUGCCAAGUUAUGGAACAAUGUUGGCCAUGCUCUGGAAAAUCAAAACAGUUAUGAGAAAGCCUUGAGAUUUUUCCUUCAGGCUACUCGGGUCCAGCCAGAUGACAUUGGGGCUCAUAUGAAUGUCGGAAGGACAUACAAGAACCUAAACAAAUCAAAAGAAGCUGAAGACGCCUACCUUGUUGCCAAAUCCCUCAUGCCACAGAUUAUUCCAGGAAAGAAGUAUGCCACGCGGGUGGCGCCCAACCACCUGAACGUGUACAUCAACCUGGCCAAUCUGAUCCGGACUAAUGACUCACGCCUGGAAGAGGCUGACCAACUCUAUCGACAGGCCAUCAGCAUGAGGCCUGACUUUAAACAAGCCUACAUCAGCAGAGGGGAGCUGCUUCUGAAGAUGAACAAGCCUACGGAGGCGAGGGAGGCCUACCUCAGAGCCCUGGAGCUGGACCACACUAACGCGGACCUGUGGUACAACUUGGCAAUCGUCAACAUUGAGAUGAAGGAACCAUCGGAGGCACUGAAGAACUUCAACCACGCGCUAGAGCUUAACUCUCGUCACAAGCUGGCCCUAUUUAACUCUGCCUUGCUCAUGCAAGAGUCUGGUGAGCCCAGGCUUCGUCCGGAGGCCAACCGCCGUUUCCUCAUGUACGUGGAAGAGGAACCAGACGACGCCAAUGGCUACUUCAACCUUGGCAUGCUCGCCAUGGAUGCCAACGAGAACACGGAGGCCGAGCGCUGGAUGCGCAAGGCCAUACGGCUGCAAACGGGAUUCCGCAGCGCGCUCUUCAACCUGGCGCUGCUGUACUCGCAGGCCAAGCGGGAGCUGGAGGCGCUGCCUGUGCUCGACGAGCUACUGCGUCACCACCCCGAGCACGUCAAAGGCCUGAUCCUCAAAGGAGACAUCCUGAUGAACCACAAGAAGGACACCGGGGGUGCCAAGGCAUGCUUCGAGCACAUCCUGCGCAUGGACCCCACCAAUGUUCAAGGCAAGCACAAUCUGUGCGUGGUCUUCUUUGAGGAGCGCGACCUGGCCCGUGCCGAGCGCUGCCUGGAGGAGACUCUUGCCAUGGCGCCUCACGAGGAGUACGUGCGCCGGCACCUGAGCAUCGUGCGCAACAAGAUGGCGGCUUUGAGCGCAGCGGGGCAUCCACUUAGCCCCGCAGAGGGCGCCACCGUACCAGCAAAGGAAGAGCUGGAGGCCCGACAAAAGGUGGAGCAGGAAGAGGACAAGGAAGGGAGGGGAACCACUGACGCUAGGGAGGGGGCCAUGAGUGAGAAGAAUGCACGGAAAUCCGCUUCUGUGGGGACCCUCAGAGAUGCAGGAGAGGAUAAAUCAGAACACCUGGAAGGCAGCCAGGCAGACAAGCGGACUAAGAGUAAAUCCACAAAAGAGAUUAAGGACAUAGAAAAGAAAAGGGCGGCAGCCCUAAAGAGACUGGAAGAGAUUGAGCGCAUAUUGAGCGGUGAUUAACCCCAUUUAAACCCAAGACUGCUUUUUUUUUUUAUAGAGCUAUUCACAGCUCCAGAAUGAGAUUUAGUUGUCAUGAACAAACCCCAUUUCAUGCAUGCUUUUUAUUCUUUUGUUUUGUUGAUGUGUGAAUAGUUUAAUGCCAUACUAACAAACAGUUUGAACUCUAAUCACCAAAAUUAAAGGGAAACUUGUUUUGGAAACUGGUUUAUUUACUCUAAGCCGCUUAAGGGGUGAACCACAAGUAAUCUAUUUAAUGGCUAUAAUAUCAGUCACGGAUGCAAAGCUGCGAGUGCUGAAUGUUUGCAUUUGUAGCUAUUUAUACUUUUUGUUAUGUCAGAUGGAUGCCCUUGUGUAUCACUGGAUUUAUUAUAAUUUUCCAAAUGUGCUUUUUAGUUUUCUUCUGUGUGUGUUUGUUUUUAUUGAAUGAUUGUAUUCCAAACAAUUAAAGGAAAUGACGUUUACUCUA